CGGUGAAUUUUGAUACUCAUCGGAAUCCGUGCCCGACGAACAACAAUACUAAUUUCUCUUUGAAGAUUUUCUGUAAUUUCUGCAAAAAAGGUUCUUAAGCUUUGAAGUGCUGAUUGUAGACGAAUCAAUAAGGAUGCAGGCUUCAAGGGCAAGGCUUUUCAAGGAGUACAAAGAAGUACAGAGAGAGAAAACAGCUGAUCCUGAUAUUCAAUUAGUUUGUGAUGAUUCUAAUAUCUUUAAAUGGACGGCUCUUGUUAAAGGGCCAUCUGAAACUCCUUAUGAUGGUGGAGUUUUCCAGCUCGCUUUCUCAGUUCCAGAGCAGUAUCCAUUGCAACCUCCUCAAGUGCGGUUCCUGACCAAAAUAUUUCACCCAAACGUUCAUUUUAAGACCGGAGAGAUUUGCCUUGAUAUUUUGAAGAAUGCAUGGAGCCCAGCAUGGACACUCCAGUCUGUUUGUCGAGCUAUAAUUGCUUUGAUGGCUCAUCCUGAAGCUGAUAGCCCGCUAAACUGUGACUCAGGCAAUCUUCUUCGAUCCGGUGAUAUCAGAGGAUACCAGUCAAUGGCAAGGAUGUACACUAGGCUUGCAGCAAUGCCCAAGAAGGGCUAAAAACAAUGAGCUACAACCAUGUUCACACAACUUGUAGUAAUGGCAUUAACACAAUUUCAAUUCUUAAACAUCUGCUUGGUGUUCUGUAGCAGCUUUACAUCAAAACUAUUAUGUACUUCUGAUACAACUCAUCACUUCAUUAGUUUUUUUUUUU